AUGGACGUCGAGGUGAGGCCUCGGAAGAGAAGACGCUUCUUCGUCGAUGAUAAUGAAGAGGCUAUUGAGCAAGACUCAGCCUCGUCCUCGGUGAACGCCUCCAGCAGACCAACCUCCGCCACUCCUUCUCAUGGCCUCGACCAGCCGUCAAGUCAAACAGACGCUGCGGACCUACAGACCCCAAACGAACAUUCAAAGUCCGUCACUUUUGACGCAGACACCUUCCGUGCGUUUAUUGGCGAAAAUGUCAGUCAAGAUGUUGUGGACCAAGUGCAGACUGCGGCACACGGAGACCUGGAGCGAGCCAUCAACAUGUACUUCGACGGCUCUUGGAAGACUGGUCCCGAUGGCAGUAACUCCUCCAAAAGACCAAAGGGGGUUGCAGGUUGGCUCAGCGCGUCCAACACGGCACCGGAGACGUCGCCGAGUAGGAACGAGGUCAUACCCCGCGAAUCGACCUCACAAACGGCACUGCUGCGUUCAAUGCCAAAAGAACGAUACGUCGGCUCAUUUGGAGUUGCGGCAUGGAUGACCAAAAGCGGUACAAAUCUAUUAGGCCACGGCGAAGCUGUCCGAAUAGAUCGAACUAAGCUCGCUCCAAAAACUAAAGUUGGCAGAGGUGGCAAGUUAGUGCCCCUGGUUGGGCGAAAUCAAAAGGUGGAUGUGGUGACUAGGUUCACCAAUGCCAAAGGCGAGGAAUUGGGUCGCUUACCCGAAGAGACUGCUUCUUGGGUGUCGUCUUUGAUAGACCAGAAAGUAUGUUGGUUUGAAGGAACUUGUGUAUAUGCUCCCGACCGUGUCCGCAUCAAUGACACCGUCUAUCUCCAACUACGUGCCUAUCUACUCAAAUCCGCUUUCGAAGCAAGUGCUUUUGUGGCACCGAAGGAUGACAAUCGAGCGACAGGCUUUUUCGAAGAGAAAGAAAGUGGCGAGGAGAGGGAUCUUCGUUUGAGACAGGUAGGCCUGGUCAAACUUUUCGAAGAGGUCAACUUGAUUCCCACUACAACAAAUGAAACCACGGCUAGGCACAAAAAGCAAGGUUUGCUGAGAGCUGCAGAAAUGGCAGAGCAGUAUGAGAAGGACAAGACCUCAAAAGGCAAAACAUCAAACCCCAAUUCCGAAGACGAGGAAGAAGGCGAAGAAUUGGAGGAAGACCAACUGGAUGCCCUCUAUCAGAAAGCACAAUCAUUCGACUUCAACACGCCUGAGGCUGAGCCUGCCUCGACCUUUGCGCUUGAGCUGCGAAAGUACCAGAAACAAGCUCUGUACUGGAUGCUCAGAAAAGAACGAGAUGAGAAAUCAUCCAAACAACAAUCGAUGCAUCCUCUGUGGGAAGAGUACACUUGGCCAACGAAAGAUGCGGAUGACAAGCCAGUUGCACAAGUUGAGGGCCAGGAUAAAUUUUACGUCAACCUGUAUUCUGGCGAGAUCAGCCUUGAAUUUCCCGUACAAGAGCAAAACUGUCUCGGGGGUAUUUUAGCAGAUGAGAUGGGACUCGGAAAGACCAUCGAGAUCUAUAGUCUCAUUCAUUCCAACCGAUCAGAAGAAGACAUCCAAGCCAAUGACAAAGCUCUCACAUCAGUCAACCACCUACCACGUCUACCACAGUCGUCAAGUGUGGUGGAACCGGCACCCUGCACUACACUGGUGGUGGCACCAAUGUCGUUGCUUGCUCAAUGGGAGAGUGAGGCAGUUAAGUGUUCAAGGCCAGGCACCCUGAAGACCAUGUUAUACUACGGCAGCGAGAAAUCGGUCAAUCUCCAAACUCUUUGUUCUGCUGCUAAUGCAAACUCAGCACCAAAUGUUAUCAUUACCAGUUAUGGUACAGUCUUGUCCGAGUUUGGUCAGAUCACGACCUCUGGAGGUGACCGCGGGUCUCAUGGAGGCUUGUUCUCUGUCGCUUUCCAUCGAGUGAUUCUAGAUGAAGCUCAUACUAUCAAAAAUAGGCAAGCAAAGACUUCCAAGGCCUGCUACGAGCUGAAGGCGAAGCACCGAUGGGUCUUGACUGGAACUCCUAUUGUCAACCGCCUAGAAGAUUUGUUCAGUUUGGUGAGGUUCCUCAAGGUCGAGCCAUGGAGCAAUUUCUCCUUCUGGAAGACCUUCAUCACUGUGCCCUUCGAGUCGAAGGAUAUUGCGAGGGCGCUCAACGUUGUCCAAACAGUUCUAGAGCCCCUAGUGCUCCGUCGGACUAAGGAUAUGAAGACGCCAGAAGGAGAAGCACUAGUACCUCUGCCUCCGAAAACGAUCACGGUGGAAGAGGUGGAGCUGUCUAAGACCGAGCGAGAAGUCUACGACCUGAUUUUCACUCGGGCAAAACGUGCCUUCAACGAAUCACUACACGCAGGCACCUUGCUCAAGUCGUAUACCACCAUCUUCGCCCAAAUCCUGCGUCUUCGCCAGUCGUGUUGCCAUCCCGUAUUGACGAGGAACAAGGAUAUCGUUGCAGACGAAGAGGAUGCAGCUGUAGCUGCUGCGGCGGAUGUCAAUGGCUUCGCUGAUGAUAUGGACCUCCAGGAUCUCAUCGAUCGCUUCACCAACGACACGGAUUCGGCAGAGAAGGAAAACAAGGACCCGAUCACAACGUUCACGACAAACGCUCUCAAGCAGAUCCAGGAUGAGUCCAGUGGCGAAUGCCCCUUGUGCUACGAAGAACCAAUGAUCAACCCAGCAGUCACAACUUGUUGGCAUAGUGCUUGUAAAGAUUGCCUCGAGAAAUAUAUCACCCAUCAGACCGAAAGAGGAGAGUCUCCUCGUUGCUUUUCCUGCCGCGAAAACAUCAACCCGCGUGACGUAUUUGAAGUGGUCAAAUACGACAACAGCCAGUCCGAAUCAAAGGAUUUCGAAGGCGAUCUGUACUCAGCGGACGAUGCUGCUGCUUCCAAGCCAUCAAGGAUCUCUUUACGGAGGCUGCAUCCUUACUCACCGACGGCCUCGACGUCGGCAAAGAUUGCGGCCUUGUUAAGCCACUUGUCCAAACAGCCAAAAGGGACAAAGUCAGUGGUCUUUUCGCAGUUCACCUCAUUUCUUGAUCUCAUUGCUCCACAACUUUCCAAGCAUGGAUUUGAACAUCUCCGGUUCGAUGGGACAAUGUCUCAGAAGAUCCGUGCCCAGGUGAUCCGAUCGUUCAACGCCGAGAACGCAUCGGACCCGAAAGCUCCUCGAGUUCUUCUCUUGUCGCUGCGUGCAGGUGGUGUAGGCUUGAACUUGACUGCCGCAAGUCGCUGUUACAUGAUGGAUCCCUGGUGGAGUUUCGCGGUCGAGGCACAAGCUAUAGACCGCGUGCACAGAAUGGGCCAGACGCAGAAAGUGGAAGUUGUAAGAUUCGUCACCAGAGAAAGUAUUGAAGGCAGGAUGUUGCGUGUUCAAGAGAGGAAAAUGGCCGUUGCGGGCUCACUAGGCGUCGGGCAAUCCGGUGCAGGCCAAAGCGAAGAAGAACGGAAGAAGAGACGUAUUGAGGAGCUUGAGAUGCUCUUGGGCUGA